CUCUCUCUCUCUCUCUUUCUGUUGAGUCUGUAUAUAUAAUUGUUGGUUGUUAGGGAGAGAGUGAGCCAGGGAGCCGGAGCCUCUCUCAGAUCCAUUCUUCUUUAUUCCACAUUCAAAUUUUGAUAUAAUGGACUCUCUCCCUGAUGCUAUUGUUCAAUACAUAUUGUCGCAUAUGAAUAAUGCCCGAGACGUUGCAAGUUGUAAUUGUGUAUCCAAACGAUGGAAGGACUCAAUCCCUUAUAUAAGGAGCCUUUACUUCCCCAGAAACUCCUUUGAUAACCAUUUAGGCAGAGACAGCCCUGAUGACAUUGUAUUGAAGAUGAUUUCUCUGAUUGAAAAAUUAGAAAAUCUGGUUGUGUAUAGCCCAUUCUCAGCUGCUGGCCUUGCUUCGUGGUUAAUGCUCAUAGGUCCUUCUCUUAGGUAUCUUGAGCUCCGAAUGGACAAUCUUGCUGAACAGCAGGCCUGUCAUGAAAUCCCUUCAAAAUUGGAUUGCUUAAUGGCUGCAGAAAAUUUAGAGUCUUUAAAACUUUGGGGAGUCUUAAUGACCCGCUCCCCCAAUUGGGAUGUCUUCCAGAAACUCAGUAACCUUGAAAUUGUUGGUGCAAGAUUGGAGGAUCCUGCGUUAUCAACUGUGCUUCAGGCUUGUCCUAAUCUGACCAACUUGUUGCUGCUUGGUUGUGAAGGAGUGAGAUCGGUUUCGAUCGAGUUGCCAUAUCUGGAGCAGUGCAAGUUGGACUUUUAUGGCCUGGGAAACUGCUCAUUUUCUAUGGAGUGCCCAAAAAUUAAAGUGCUUGAGGUGCAAGGUUGCAGUUGGAUUCGGGUUCGUGAGGCAAAGUAUUUGAGGAAUCUUUCAAUUGCCAAUAAUGCAGGGAGAGUCUACAUGGUUGAUUUUGAAAAACUUGGGGCUCUGGAGUUCUUAUCCAUUAGGGGUGUCCAGUGGUGUUGGGACGCAAUAAGCAAUAUGCUUCAAUGGGCAAGUGAAGUGAAGCACCUAUUUAUGAAGGUGGAAUUCACAGGGGAUUUUGAGACCCUUCAACCUUUUCCAGAGGUUGACUUCGUUGAUUUUUUCAAUAACCAUCCCAAGCUGCAAAAGUUUGAUAUCCAUGGAGCCAUGUUUGCUGCUCUUUGUCAGAAGAACAGUCUGAAAAAUGUUGAUUCAGGAUUUGCAAUUCCUUGUCUGGAAGAAGUGGUGAUCACAGUGAGAUCACCACUGAAUGCUGAACAGAAAAUGAGCACUCUUGAGUCCUUGUUGAAAUAUGGGAAGAAUCUAAAGGCAAUUGUAAUAAAGAUUCUUCAGAUGAAGAGCAGUCAUAGCAGUGCAGAUGAUUUCUUCGAUGAGAUUUGCAGGUUUAGAUACAUGAACCGCAAGAUAGUUAGAAUAGAAUAAAGCUCGCUCGGGGACUUCCUGAUUUUUCCUUCUUUACUCACUUCAUUCCUUUAAUUCUCUGAUUACAGCAUGACUGCUAAUUUGAUUGAACUAUGAUCAUUCUUAAUGGUUUCAAAAUUGAGUUUGUUAGCUUUAAUUUACAUCGCCGAGUAUGUUCUAUGUUUUUGCAAUAUUUUCACCUAAGUUAUGGAUGUAACUGUUGUCUGUUGAGAAAGUUGAAUGCAGCUAAUCCUUACCUAAUAAAAGUGAAC